AUGGAAACAAGUAAUCUAGUUACCGCUUCACUAGUUGUUACAACAAUCUUAAUAAUUACACCGUUUUUUGUCACCCCAAAAACAAAGGAUUCAAAACGGAAGAAAAAGAAUAACCUCAAUAAAGAGAUUGAGAUAAAAACUUAUACUUUUGGUCUAAUAAAUCAAGGCAAUAAUAUCUGUUUUCUUAAUUCUGUACUACAAAGUCUGGCAUCAUUAAAAGGUCUUCGGAAAUAUCUGGAAAAAAAAGUAGAAAGUAAUCUAUCGGAUACCAAGCGACCGGUAUCUUUUGCUUUGCACGCGACUUUAGAGAGGCUCAAUGAACCUCUAACGAAACAACAGUCAUUUAUUGCGACUGACGUAGUUUUGGCCCUGCAGGCAAAUGCAAGACGUUUAAUUAAUAGGCAACAACAAGAUGCUCAUGAGCUGUUUCAACUCUUGAUUCAAUCUCUUGGGGCAGAAGAAGAUUAUGACAGACGCCCGAAAUCUCUUUUGGACUUGGAAAUAAUUAAAAAAUUGGCUUCCAAAGACGAAAAGAUCACGCAUUUUGUAAGUGAUCGUAAUCCUCUUCGCGGAUUAACCGCCUGCCGGGUUUCUUGUAUGAAAUGCGGAUAUUGUGGGCCAAUUCGGCACAUUACAUUCGAUAAUAUCUCGAUUCCACUGCCUUCAGGACUACCAUCUGUCCCUCUAGACGUUCUCCUAAAAACAUAUGCCGGGACUGAUUUUAUUGACGAAUAUAACUGUCCACAUUGCAGUUUGGUUGAAACAUUAGCAACUAUUGAAAAUGCGCUCGAGGACGCAAAGUGGACGCCUAACGACAAAGAGAAUGAAUUAAAGCUCGAAGAUGACCGACAGGUUAUCAAAAAAGCACUUGCGACCGACGUUGAUACGGACAUAAGUAGUCAAUUACAACUGACAAAAUUGGCCCACGUUAAAAGCACGGCUAGCAAACAUACAAUGUUUGCAAAAUUGCCUGAUGUUUUUGCCAUCCACUUUUCUCGAUCUAUUUAUUAUCAAAGCGGAUGGACUUUAAAGAAUCCAUGCAAAGUCAAAUUCUCUGAUUCAAUUGACAUGAUGAAGUAUAUUUCAGGAGGGUAUUUGGCUAAUAUGCCUAGCGAACCAAUGUCAUCACCACCAUCACCAAUCUUAUCGUCCCCAAUGUCGUCACCGAUUUUAGCGGGUAUUGGUGCAAGUAGCCGGAGAAGUGACAUUCCAUGUGAAGGUGGAAAUAUUUACACGUUAAAAUCGGUCGUUGUUCAUCAAGGUGAUCAUAGAUCUGGUCACUUUGUUACUUAUCGUCGCAAGGAGGAUAGUGAUAUUUGGUGGCGCCUUUCGGAUGAAUAUGUUGAGGAAGUCAAGUUAAAGCAAGUGCUUAACGAAGAAGCGUAUAUGUUGUUCUAUGAAAAGGCUCAAUAA